AUGGCCCAGCAGCACUCGUUUGAUGCGUGGCAGUCGCCCCUGUCGGGCCGGUAUGCGUCCAAGGAGAUGUCGCACCUCUUUUCCAAUGCGACGCGCUUCUCGACCUGGCGCAAGCUCUGGCUCUACCUCGCCGAGGCCGAAAAGGAGCUCGGCAUCGACAUUCCCGACGAGGCCCUGGAGCAGAUGCGGGCCAACCUGGAGCUCGAUGCUGAGCAGAUGAAGCAGGCAGCCGAGGAGGAGAAGCGGCGGCGGCACGACGUCAUGGCCCACGUCCACGUCUUUGGCCGCAAGUGCCCCGCGGCGGCGGGCAAGAUCCACCUGGGCGCCACGUCGUGCUACGUGACGGACAAUGCGGACCUCAUCUUUCUGCGCUCUGGCCUCGAUCUGCUGCUGCCCAAGCUGGCCACGGUGAUUGCGCGGCUGCGCGACUUUGCGCACGAGCACCGCGCCCUGCCCACGCUCGGCUUCACCCACAUGCAGCCAGCCCAGCUGACGACGGUGGGCAAGCGCGCCACGCUCUGGAUCCAGGACUUCCUCUGGGACCUGCGCAACAUCAAGCGUGCCCGCGACGACCUCGCCUUCCGCGGCGUAAAGGGCACCACGGGCACCCAGGCCUCGUUCCUUCAGCUCUUUGACGCCUUUCCCGACAAGCACGAACGCGUCGAGGCCCUCGACGAAAAGGUGACCAAGCUCGCCGGCUUCGACGAGGCUAUGCCCGUCACGGGACAGACGUACUCGCGCAAGGUCGACGUCGACGUGCUCAACUCCCUCGUUUCGCUCUCGGCCUCGGCACUCAAGAUGGCGACGGACAUCCGCCUCCUCUGCCACCUCAAGGAGGUCGAGGAGCCGUUUGAAAAGGACCAGAUCGGGUCGUCGGCCAUGGCAUACAAGCGCAACCCGAUGCGCUCCGAGCGCGUCUGCGGCCUGGCCCGCUGGCUCGGCAACAUUGGCAACAGCGCCCGCGAGACGGCGGGCGGGCAGUGGAUGGAGCGCACGCUCGACGACAGCGCCAACCGGCGCCUUUCGAUCCCCGAGGGCUUCCUCACCGCCGAUGUCAUUCUCACCAUUCUCCAAAACAUCACCGAGGGCCUCGUGGUCUACCCGGCCCAGAUCCAGCGGCAUAUUGCCGCCGAGCUGCCAUUUAUGGCGACGGAAAACGUCAUCAUGACCAUGGUCCACCUCGGCGGCGACCGGCAGGAGUGCCACGAGCGGAUCCGGGUGCACUCGCACGACGCCGCCCGCGUCGUCAAGGUCGAGGGCGGCGAGAAUGACCUCGUGAAGCGCAUCAUGGCCGACGACUACUUCAAGCCGGUGCACGCCAUCAUGGACAAGCUCCUGGACCCCAUGACGUUCAUCGGCCGCGCGCCCCAGCAAGUCGAUUCCUUCCUCUCCAAGCACGUUGAGCCGGCCCUGCAGCCGUACAGCGACGUCAUCAAGCACGCCGCCAAGGCUGAGCUGAGCGUGUAG